AUGGCCCAUUGGCAUGGACUUGCUAAACUCCAGAUGCAUUCUGAUUUGACUCUUGAGAUCAUGGACCAAGUAACCUCGGCGCUUGGCCAGCAAUUUUGUCAAUUUAAAACUACAGUCUGCGCUGAUUACGUGACCCACAAACUGCGUCAGGAAGUCGAGUGUCGUGCCCGACGCCAUGCAAGGCAGGCGCUGAAACCGAAGGCAGCGCAUAAAGGCAAACAACGCACUGGUAGCGUGAAGCGAUGCAAAGUCUUUAAUUUCCAGACGUACAAGUUCCAUGCAUUGGGAGAUUAUGUUUCCAUGAUUCGCCGGUAUGGCACGUCUGAUUCUUAUAGUACUGAACCGGGUGAACUCGAACAUCGUUCUCCGAAGUCCAGAUACAGUUGGACUGAUUGCAGAUCCUUUGUAAAACAGUUAACUUGGGUUGAAUGCCGUCAGGCUCGCAUCCGUCGUAUUGGUCACAAUAUUGAUCAUCAUCCUGACGUCGAAAUUUCCGAGAUAGCACGAAGCCCCCUGGCUCACCACCAUAUUGGAUUGACACAGAAGCACGUUGUCCACAUAGGAUCAUAUCUAAUCGAUCAUCAAGGCGAUCCAGCGAUAGCACAUUUUUUUUCCAAACUGAAACACCAUCUUUUGCAUCAAACCAAUGCAUCGAAAGAUUCCCUAGGGCUGAGAAAUGAAUACAACAUCAACACAAUCAUAAUCAAGGAUGAUCGGAUGUAUGAGCAUCACGUUGCCAGGUUCAACUAUACAACAUAUGAUGUUCGCAGAGCCCAAGACGUCAUCAACCCAAGAACUCCUCAUCACAACGUCAUGGUUGUUUGUUCCAACCUUGACAUGGAAUGCCAAGAUCAUAAAUAUAUCUACAGCAGGGUAUUGGGUGUAUAUCACAUCAAUGUGAUCAUUACCGGACGCACAAUGGUCAACUAUACUCCAAUCAGAAUGGAGUUCCUAUGGAUUCAUUGGUACAAGCCGCUGGAUCAGCGUUCCGACUGGUCUACCUCGACUCUAGAUCGAGUGAACUUUCCCCCCCUGACGGAUGAACACUCAUUUGACUUCCUUGAUCCUGCAGAUGUGCUUCGUGGGUGUCAUAUUGUACCUCGUUUCACCGCCGGGAGGAGACAUCAGGAUGGAUUGGGAGUAUCGGCAUGUGCGGGGGACAAGAAUGAUUGGUGUGAAUACUAUAUCAAUCGGUUUGUAGAUCGCGACAUGCUCAUGCGCUUUCACUUUGGGCUCGGUGUCGGCCACGUGUACUCUCACUGUCACGCUAUGCAGGCUGGGCUUCAACAAUCAGACACACCAUCACAUCCAUUUUUGACUGAUAUUGAAGAACCCGCAGAUAACAUGGAAGUCGAUGAAUUCGAAUAUGAAGAUGAGGGUACUGAGAAUGGACUGGAUAUUGAAGAGUCGCUCAGUUCCAGCGACGAAUUGUUGUUGGAACAAUUCGAUGAGAUGUAUGAUAGAGAAGUUGAUCUAUAUUAUGAGAAUUAG